UGCAUGCAUUGAACCAUUAAGUGGGUCACAGAAGGUGACCACCCGGCUUUAUAGACCAGGAUCAUUUGUCUAUCCUCUCUUUUUAAUCAGACAAGGCUUGAACUGGGAUGUGAAUGAUGUCAAACUAGCUUUCAGCAGUAAAAGAAGGAGCUUUGAGAGCAAGCGUAUUAGAUAAGGCCAUUAGUGCUCUGUGGAUUAUAGUAAUCCAGACCCUUUAAUAUCAGUGUGGUCCACCACUCGAAAAACAGAUCACCAUGGAGUACAGACUGCAGCACAUGUUACUGUUGGCCGUCCUGUUUGUGACUGAAGGUUUUGUUGGGCUACAAGCUCAAGAGGACGGUGAUGGCAAUGAGACGUGGUCUGGGAAAACUUGCAAGUGUGAAUGCAACAAAGACUCAUCUGGCAAGCUGCUUUCUAAAGGUUCUGGGUCCAGCUGGGAGCAGGGUAUGGUCUGCAUGACAGAGUGCCCUUACCAUAAGCCCCUGGGUUUUGAGGAAGGGUCUGUGACUUCAGAUCAGAUCAGUUGCUCUAAUGAAGACCAGUACACGGCCUGGUUCUCCUCUUGGACUGCAAAUAAGGCAAGACUCAACAGUCAAGGAUUUGGAUGUGCCUGGCUGUCUAAGUUUCAGGAUACCAACCAGUGGCUUCAAAUUGACCUAAAGGAAGUGAAAGUGGUUUCUGGGAUCCUGACCCAAGGGCGUUGUGACUCUGAUGAGUGGAUGACUAAGUACACCAUGCAGUAUCGCACCAAUGAAAAACUCAACUGGGUUUACUACAAGGACCAGACUGGAAACAACAGGUUGUUCUAUGGGAACUCCGACCGUUCAUCCACAGUCCAGAACCUGCUGCGUCCACCUAUCGUAGCACGUUACAUUCGCAUCAUUCCGCUGGGCUGGCACACCCGCAUCGCCAUCCGCCUGGAGCUGCUACUUUGCAUGAAUAAAUGCACCUGAUCUGGCGCGUGCCAGCACUACUAUACCCAACUAUUUCCUGCACUGCCCCCUCCUGUACCACAUCAUGCCAAAGUCACAUCACUGCCCAAUGCAUUCAUUCUUUUUAUGAACAAGAACUCUCUGUUAAUUUGUAUGGAAGAUAUUGGGGUGUUUCAAAUAUGAUAGACUUAUAUAUAUUCCUUUAUCUGAGAUAUAAAAUCUCUUUUCACAUCUUUUUGUUUUCUGUUUAAAAACAACAAAAAUGGUUUCUAUUUUGGUUCUACUUUGGCAAAUAUAGAAGGGGGUACCCAUUGCAAGCUAAGGCCAGAGGAGUCUCUGGUAAAAAAAAUAAAAGGGCAGCUUGCAAAUCUGGAAAGAGGUCAAACGAUCUCACUCAUUGUAAUGAUUGUGGUAUCAUUGUGUUUUCUGGUGUAGUUUGUGAUGGUGAUGUAGAGCGCUGUAUCCUCACUGUAACCGGUUCCUUUUUUGUUUUUAAAGGGGUCAUAUGGCGGAAGUACGUGUUUUUCUGUGUUUUUGGUGUGUUAUGAGUUGCCCAUGCAUGUAUUAGACACGUAAAAUUGCACAAAUGAAAGUGUGGGAACAAAAGAUGCAUUCUAUCUAAAAGCGAAUGCUCAACCAGACUUGCCUGAACCACACCCCGGCGAAUCUACGUAACUUCGUAACAUGAUUUGACUAAGACCGCUCAAAUCUACACGUAGUUAAGGUGGGUGUAAUUGUAAAUCUCAUUGUAUCGCCUGUCAGUGCAAUUGCUUUGGAACCUGAUGUUCCGAAUAUGGUAAGAGGCGUUACAUUUCCGUGAAAUGCUUGCAGUAUUCGACCAAUCACUACGCACUGGUGAACUGGCCAAUCAUAGCACACCUCGCUUUUCAGAGCGAUGAGCUUUGUAAAAAAUCAGCGCGUUUCAGAGAGACAGGGCAAAGAGGAGAUACAAACAUGCACGGUAUGUGGAAAAUACAACGGUUUUUAAACUUUAAAUGGUGUAUACACAUUGCGUUACAUCUAAAACAAACAAUAAUAUUCGUUUUAGCCGUGCAAUAUGACUCCUUUAAUAUAAGCCUACAUUGUUUACAUGUGUUUGUGGUCCUUGAAUAAAGUAAGACUCCCUGUACUUAUUCACAUUUUUAUUAAUUUGCCAGCCAUUUUUAUCCAAUUCAAUGUAUAAAGGCAUUCCCUGUAUACCUUUCCCCAUAUGUUCCCAAAUGCACUGUAUAGCCUACCUAUUCUAACACGAAACACUGGGAUGAAUUGAUUUAUUUAAUCAGUCGAGAUACAAUAUUUUAACUAAAAUGUGAAAUCUGAAUUAUUAACACGAGCCAUUCGCUACAUAAAAUGAAAUAAACUUUCGUUGCAACCAACGCAUGCGCAAUAACGUAGCUCAAAUUAACUGCGCAUUAAGUGCGCAUGCUCAAUCAGGUUUUGCAGCAUACGUCUGUUUAGUCGUUAAGGAAUUGAUUAGGUAUGCAUUAAAAUAGCUUACGGUGUUGUCAGUAAGCAUUGACAACCGACACCUCUGGCCAUCAUGAAAGCUUAUGGCCUUACAACUAAGCGGUGCACAACCCCAUCAAGAAGCACAAUAUCAAGAGUCAGAGGCCACGCUGCGUUCAUGUACACCGUCCGGGAACAGACAAAUCCGACGGAAAUGAGACGCUUUCAUGAGUCCAGGGGCGUGAGUAGAUAUAUACUCCAGAGAGUGGGCUCGGAGGCAUCGCGUCUUUCCUGUCUCAGCCGCCACCGAGCCGUCACGCGGCGGGAGGUUCUGCAGGCCUGGGAUCGGCUGAGGCACCAGAGGACUCCAGCCCCAAUGGCUGGCGCUUGAACUUAUCUUUUUCUUUUAAAUAAAUGUUUUUAUAGUUUUAAUGUAUACAUAUUUAACCGUCAAAA